ACGCGCGCUGUUCGGUAUUCGUCUCAAACAUGAACUCCCAAUCGGCGGCACGUCGCUAUCCGCACAGCUUCUCCAUCGAUCAGAUUUUGGCCAAGCCCUCGAGCCACUUUGAGCUGCAAGCCGCCUCGCAGGAUGACAGCGGCAGUGGCAGCAUUUGUGAUGUGUCGCGCGUGUCCAGUCCGGCCACAUCCAGCUGCAUGGAGGAUGCGCUGGAUGAUGCCAAAAGUGAUAUAGAUAUGGCCUCGGAUGAUGGCAACGCACUCGGCGAUGAUCGCAAGAAGCGGCCGCGCACGGCCUUCUCGGCGGCACAGAUCAAGGCCCUGGAAACGGAAUUCGAGCGGGGCAAGUAUCUGUCGGUGGCCAAGAGAACGGCGCUGGCCAAGCAGCUGGAGCUGACGGAGACGCAGAUCAAGAUCUGGUUCCAGAAUCGACGCACCAAGUGGAAGCGGAAGUACACCUCGGAUGUGGAGACCCUCGCGUCCCACUACUACGCUCAGCUGGGCAUCGGGGGACUGGCCCGCCCCAUGGUGGUGGGCGAUCGCCUGUGGCUGUUCAGCCAAACGCCCGCCGGCCCCACACCCAUCCAGUCCAUCAUGCUGAACGGCAGCGGAUCCGCGCCUCCCCUGUCAGCGGCGGCGGCUACAGCCCCGCCAAUGCGUCCGUAUCCGGCCGGCGGCGGCAUGCCACCACUGCCGGGACCCAGUGUCAUGGAGAGCGCUCGCAAUGCCAUUCUAUCCCGUGGACAGCCCCUCAACUUUGCCCUGCCCUUCGGUGUGUCCAAGCCGCCCGCGGGGACAGUCGCAGCUGGCGGAGGCGGCUAUGUGCCGCGCUGCAAGUCCUACGUGGGUGGCUACUACGCCCCGCCACAUGCCCAGAGCGAUGGCUAUCUGCAGCUGAAGUACGCCACUCUGACGCCAGAAACGGAAUCCAGCAACACGAACGGCCUGGCCGAGCUGGAGCGCGUCUUUGGGGAUGCCAAUGCCAAUGCCAACUUUCUGCAACACCGCAGCACGCCAGCCGCUGGAGGUGCCACAGCCUAUGGCCACGAGGCACUGGCUCAGGCCCAGCGCAGCCGCAGACCCACCCAAUCGGAGUCCGAGUGCAGCGACAUCGACUGCGAGCAGCUGGACGACGAGGAUGAGCAGCUACCUUAA